AUGACUGGACAACUCAGCAACACCGAGGCGUGGUCAUUACUGGCCUGCUCUGCAGCAAGCCUUGGCGUACUUUCUAACACCUGGAGCAGCGAUGGAGCCCCUGUAUUUGCAUCGCUUGCAUUGAGUGGUCUGGCUUUUUCUUCGUCGUAUGCGAUCAUAAGAUGGACUGGAGAUGCUUUCAUCCGAGCGGGGCGGAAAGGGAAGGACAUGUCGAAGAAGCAGCCAAUUGAGCUUCCAGAGAUGAUGGGUUUGGUUAGUGCACUUGUAUAUUUGUUGUGCAUCAUUACCUUCCUACCUUUUGCUUUCAAGCACGAUAUCGUAGCAGCAACGUCAGGAGGCGGCAACAAGGAGAUCGUACUUGAGGCUCAGAUUGUCGAGACAGGUCGAUUUUUGCAUCGCUUCCCUCUCGAAAAGCUUGCAUCAUACGGCUUUGCUUAUGGAACCCUUGCGACUGUUAUCAUCCUCGGCAUUAUCGAUGACUUUUUCGACAUCAGAUGGAGACACAAGUUCUUCAUUCCAGCUUUUGCGUCACUGCCUAUCCUGGGAUUGUACUUUGUUGACUUUGGUGUCACUCAAGUUGUGGUUCCCAUUCCACUCAGGCCUUACCUUGGAGAGCUCGUGGACCUUGGCUCGUUGUAUUACCUGUACAUGUCUGCCAUUUCCAUCUUCUGUCCCAACAGCAUCAACAUCCUUGCCGGUAUCAACGGCAUUGAGGUCGCUCAGUCCAUCGUUAUCGCCAUGCUCAUUCUCUUGAAUGACGCGUUUUAUCUGGUUCCUUCAACUCCUACUCUACACCCUGCGACAGACUCUCACCUUUUCUCGGUCUACCUCUUGUUGCCAUUCCUCGGAGUGUCCUUUGCGCUUCUCAAGCAUAACUGGUUCCCUGCAAAGGUCUUUGUUGGUGAUACAUACUGCUACUUUGCUGGCAUGGUCUUCGCUGUGGUCGGCAUUAUGGGUCACUUCAGCAAGACGUUGAUCCUUUUGUUCAUCCCUCAGGUUUUCAACUUCAUCUACUCGGCCCCGCAACUCUUCCACAUUGUACCCUGUCCUCGCCAUCGAUUGCCGCGAUUCAACACUCGCACUGGUCUUCUGGAGCCAUCAAAGGCCACGUUCACUGCCGAAAAGCCGUUGAACAAGUAUGUCGGUGAAGUGUUGAAGAUCUUGGAUACUCUGAAGCUGUUGCGUGUCGAGACAGACGAGAAAGGAACUGUGGUGUCUACCACGAACUUGACCAUUCUCAAUCUUUGGCUUGUGUGGAGAGGGCCGAAGAGAGAGGAUCGCCUCGCCGUCGAAAUUUUGGCCAUGCAGACCUUUGUAGGCCUCAUUGGUCUAGCAGUCAGACAUCGUCUUGCAUUGGUCAUUUUCUCACAGGACAACCUGUAG